UGGAAAGGGAAAGCAACAAAAUAAGUUGAGAAGCUUGCCUUUUGGCCAAGACGUUGCCACAGUUCAUUGUGCCUAUCUCUCACACUCUCGUUUCGAGCUUCAAGUGAAAGAGAGAGAAAACCUCUUAGCCCCAGAUCUGAUUCAUUCAUUUCUAAACUUUGAUUUCCAGGGGUACUACAAGUGUGCAUACUACCAUCCUUGCCAUUACAUUUUGCAAUGUCACGUAGACCUGUAAAUCCAACUCGGCGAUUAGUUGAUAGCGGGAACAUUUCUUUGGGAGGGUCAUUGCAAUCAAAAUCACGCUCGUCACCUCUUCUAUCAAUAGGGCUUCUAGUUUUGGGUGCAAUUCUUUUCAUUGCCUACUCAUACAGCAGUUCAGGUUGGAAAAGAGGUGUUGAUGUUGUGAGUAAAAUUGAAGGUGGUGUGUCAUGCACGCUAGAGCUGCAGGAGGCCUUGCCUAUUCUAAAGAAAGCAUAUGGAGACAACAUGCAUAAAAUAUUGCAUGUAGGCCCUGAUACCUGUUCUGUAGUGUCUAAGCUAAUAAAAGAAGAGGAGACUGGAGCAUGGGGAGUGGAACCGUAUGACAUUGAUGAAGCUGAUAAUCGGUGCCAGAAACUUGUGUGGAAAGGACUUGUGCGGGUUGCUGAUAUCAAGUUUCCCCUUCCGUACCGUGCAAAAUCAUUUUCACUUGUUAUGGUAUCCGACGCACUGGACUAUUUAUCUCCUAGAUACCUUAACAGAACACUUCCUGAAUUGGCAAGAGUUGCUUCUGACGGGCUUGUUAUUUUCACCGGUUAUCCAGGAAAACAAAGAGCCAAGGUUGCUGAGCUAUCCAAAUAUGGCCGUGCUGCCAAAUUACGGAGCUCUUCUUGGUGGAUUAGAUAUUUUGUUCAAACAAGUUUGGAGGAAAAUGAAGUUGCAACGAAGAAGUUUGAACAGGCUGCAGCAAAGCGUUCAUACAAGCCAUCUUGUCAAAUUUUUCACUUGAAGGCAUAUCCUUGAAUUCUAUGGAGUAAUCUACUUACACUAGUCAUCAUCAGCCCUUUCCCCCUUUCUCCUAGCAUAGAUCAGAUUUUAUGCUAUAUUGGCGAAAAAAUUAUGAAAUCUUAUAAUCGUAAGUUAGAUUUAGGUUAACUCAUGAAUGUUGUUGCUCAUUAUUCUCAAUGCUGGAGUGCAUCUCUUGAGAGUUUGUCUUUCUUCCAUUCUUCAACUGUCAAAUUGUCUAGUUUAGUCACAUAGGUUUUUGGUCCCGAACCUAGUUGAUACUUGAUAGAGAGGAGCAAAGAGUCAUGGUGUAUGAUUCUAGGUUUUUGAUAUCUUAAUGUUUUACCAAUUAAGUUAAGGGGGCAUCAUUCAUGACAUUUCAGCUUGUAAUACAAGUAUUAAGAAAAAAAUGUAAGCACACUUCAUUAAGUUAACUUUGUAAGAUUCCACUAUCAAUUUUAUUUGACUAUCCUAACUUUCCAUUAA